AUGAAAAAAUGUAUUAUAACCAUAAAUUUAUUGUUUUAUAUUACAUUCUUCCAUCAAUGGAAUUGUGUAGAAUCUAAUCCAACAACACCUGAUGGUACUGAGUCAUCUUCUGCAAGUACUAAACCCACUCAAGAGACUACCCCUAAAGGAACACCUUCAACUGGUACAGGUACUAAGGGAACACCAGUAACACUUGAUAUCAAGAAUACUCAGAGUACUAAUGAGUUUGACUUUGCUGAUCAGAAUGGUGUCGUUACAUAUACACCUAAGUCUGGUCAUGUAAUUAGUAAGGUAUCUCAAGGUACCACUGAUAUCUGGGAAUCCAAAGAUGAUGUCAAUGCUACUUUGGUCAGGACUAAGGUUUCCAAGGGAGUUAAAUUCCUAGUUGUUCUACUGACAAAUAAUAUGUUCACAUUAUUCCAUCAAGAAUCUGGUCAGUGGAAGGAUAUAACAUCUAAGAGACAUGAUGUUACUAAGCUUAAGUUCCUUGGUGAGAAUGAUCGUGAACUCUCCAAGGCUGACUACAAGGUUAGUAUUGUCGAUCUAUCAUUUACUUACAUAUUCAACGAUGGAGUCAAAUGUAAGAAGGUCAUGCUAGAUGAUGCUGAUGUUUGGAAUCAUUCUGACGAUCCCAAGUUUUCAGAAAUAAAGUUAUUUUCACUAGGUCUUGCUUCAAACAGUUUCUUCGUUAAGAAUCAGUCUAAUGAACUAAAGAAGAUAGAAAAGUCAGAUCUUGACCUCAAGUCCACUCAGCCUACCAGUGAAUCCCUACACACUGAUCAGAAAGGUGUCGCCACCUUAACACCUAAAGAAGGUGAUGGAAUUAGUGGAGUUAUAAGGACAACUGGAGAAGACAUAGAUACCUGGACUGCUAUUUGGCAAAUCCAAUGUAAUUUUGAUGUUCAAAAAACCAUAUCAUUAGAAGAUUUUGGUAAGGGAAAACAAGUAUUGACUUUGGAUACCAUAUCAGGAAAAAAGAUGUUAUACAGACCAAAAGAGGGUGAGCCUUGGAAAGAGGUCGUUGAUCAACCUCAAAACGCUUUUGAAACCGUUGAAGCAUUAAAAGCUCUUAAACAAACUCCAUCUGAUGUAACAGAAAUUGAAGUAUCUAUAGAGGAUGAAACUGAAGAACCUACUGCUACGGAAGAAACUAAAGAAUCUACUCCUACAAAGGAAACCAAAAAGGCAACUCCCAAAAAAGAGCCUAAAAAACAAUUAACUUUAGUUGAACUUGAUUUAAUCCAAAACACUGGUUCAGAUCAGUUUGAUUACGUAAAGAAAAAUGAAUUUUCUUCUUAUGAGGCUAAAUCUCAUUGUUUAUUUAACAAAGUAAUAAGAUCAGCGCCAUCUGCCUUUAGUAAAAAAGAGGUUGUUUGGGAAUCUGUGGAAGGUUCCGAAAAACAUGUCAAAAUGGUCAGACUAAAAUUAUCAGAUAACCACAUAGCCUUGUUACUAAAUAACGGUGAAUUUAUUCUAUUUCACAAAGAAUCUGAAGAUCAAGAUUGGAACAACAUAACAGAUCAGAGACAUAAUUUUUCAGGAUUCAAGUUCUUCACAUUUGAUCGAAAUGAUAGUGAAUAUAAAGAACUAGAUUCUAGUGGUUAUACUAUGGGUUUUAAUGAAUUUUCAUACGGUGUAUCUUUCAAUGUAGAGUGCCAUCAAAUUAAACACAACGAUAAACUCGUUUAUAAUUAUGAAUCUGAUGAAGAUUUCGGCCUAUUGAAGGGUGUUUAUCUUGGUCUGUCAACAAAUAAGUUCUUCCUUACUAACUUAGAAGAAGAUAACAAAAGACUUGAUUUGGAUAAGGAAGUUAUACCUCCAAAACCAAAACCUAAACCUACCGAAGAAACUGCUGAUAUUGUAAUACAGGAAUUAUCCGAACAAAAAUCAAAGACUGAAAUUACUUCAGCUGAACUUACCUCACUUAAUAUAAACGAUACUAAUAAUACUCCAGAAUACCAAUUCUUUGAUAAUGGAAUUUACAAAACCUUCAGUUGUAAGCAGGGUUUUGGAUUUAACAAAAUAAUGAGUCCAAAAACAUUAGGUGCUGAUGAAGUUAUAUGGGAGUCAUCUGGAAAUGAUUAUGCAAUUAAAGUUAGAUUAAAAGAAGCUCCUAAUGGUAAAAAAUAUGUUGUCUUAUUAUUUGUUAGCAAAAGGUAUCAAUUUUUCUAUUCUGGAAAGAAGAAUUCACCCUUUAAAGAUAUUACCUAUACUAAGCAUUCCUUUAAUGACAUAAAAUUGUUCUCUAAAAAUGAAACCACAAAUGUCUAUGAACAAUUAGAUCCCAGUUCUUAUAACUUAUCUCUAUAUCAUCUAUCACUUGGAUACAGAGCAAUAGAAGGACAAAAGUUUCAUCUAGUUAAAUUUGGUAAUGAUCUACUCUAUAAUUAUAAAGACGAUGUAAAAUUUGGUGAUCUGAGAGCAGCCUAUUUGGAUCUUAUAGAAAAUAAUUUGUAUGUUAUGAAUAUGAACGAUCAAACAAAGGUAGUAAAAGAAUUGUCCAGAUUAAAGGCAGCUACUAUAGACCUUAACAAGGCUGAAAGUACUGACCAAUUUCAUUGUACCAAAGAUGGUGAUCUUGUUACUUACACUUCAUUAGGUAAUACAUUAUUUGAUAAAUUAAUAAGAUCAUCAAGAUUGGGUUCAGAUGAAAUCAUUUGGAGAGUGAUUGACAAUAUAUAUGCCAAAAAAAUCCUAGUAGAUGGUCAAGGUAAGAAAGGGAAAAUCACCAAUACAAUUUUACACCUGGAGAAUGGAGAUAUUAAACAUCUGAAUUAUUCAGAUGGCAAUUGGAUUGAGGUUUCUAAUAAGAUACCUAUUGACAUUACCAAGAGUCAGAGCUCCAAUGUCUUUGAUUAUUUAGUUGAUGGAGAAUUCAAAACUUUCAAUGCUAAAUCCAGCUUUUUAUUCAAUAGUUUAGUUGAACCAGAUUCCGCUGGAACAGAGACAACAAUUUGGAAAACUUCAAAUCCUAGUGAAUAUGGAAACAAGUUAGUAUUAAUGGACUCCGGUAACAAAAAAUAUCUUGCCAUGCUUCGUGUGGACAGCAAAUUUCUACUUUUACUCAAGGAUCCUAGCUCUCAGAAUUGGCAAGACAUCAGUAAUACGAGGCUUAAUCUUUCUGAUCUUAAGAUGUUCUAUUUCGAUAGUGAUACCACAGGAUAUCUACUAUUUAAAGAUGACCAAUAUUCUGUAUCAUUGGAAAAGUUUUUAUACGGUUAUGAAUUUGAUGGUGAAACAAAAUGUCAUCUGAUCAAAUUUAGAGAUUCUGUUAUCUGGAAUCAUAGUGAUGAUCCUAAAUUUGGAUCAUUAAAAUCUGUCGUUUUGAAUCUACUCAACAACAAGAUAACUGUUUCAACUCCUGAUGGAGAAUCAAAUGAAAUUAAUAUACCUGGCAUAAUUCCACCAUCUGAUAUUGAAGUAGAAUCCAAAGAAGAAUUUGAAGAAGAAGAUUCAAGUACAACAGAGUCUACUGAGACAUCUGAUGGACUAUCAGAACAGAGUGAAUCAUCUUAUGAUUCAACCCCUGUAACUUUAAUAGAACUUGAUCUUAAAAAUAUGGACAGCGCUGAGAAUUACGAGUAUAUAAAAAGUAAUGAUAAUCACGUAUAUACUGCUAAAAGUGGGUUUAAGUUUUCCAAAAUCAAAAAAGGUGAUCAUGAUCUGAAAGAGUGUACUAGUCCUAACUAUUAUUGUAAAGUUGUCGCAAACUAUGGUCAACACAACAAAAUUAUCUUAUAUGUAUAUAAAACUGAUAAAGACUUUGAUCUGUUACUUCUUGAUGAUCCAGAUCCAUCAACUCGCGACAUUACCUCCCUUCCAUCAGAUACUGUUCAGGCAUUACAAGCAUCUAAAGUAGUUUCAGAACAACUUAAGCUUUUAGCUUUAGAUGAUGAUGGUAAAUCCAAAGAACUAGACGAUAAUAAAUUAAUGAUUGAAGAACUAACACACUUGAUAAAUUAUAGGUUUCCUGAAAAUACUAAAUGUUCAGAGAUUAAAUACAACGAGAAAACUGUAUGGAAAUAUGAUAAAUCCAUCCACGGAAGGUAUUAUCCCACUAACAUGCUUCUGAACACCAACACCAGUUUUAUUUUACUAGAGUCUCAAAAUCAUUAUCAAUAUUACUAUACCUAUAUUAACGAUGAAUGGAGAUGUAUUUCUGGUUAUAAAACUCAGGAUUUACAACCACUUUAUCCUGAUAAAUUGAGAAUCUUCACACUAAAUCAGUUCAGUACACCAGUUAUGGAUGAUACCACCCAGUUUAAUAAAUCUGUAAAGGGUCCCAUCACAUCUUUUGCUCUUAAUCCAGGAUCCAAGUGUGUCUCUGUUAAAUAUGAUGAUUUACCAGUAUGGUCUUAUAAUUAUAAUGAUCAUGAAGAUAAUUACCCAACCUUAGUUACUGUCAACAUAGAUGAAAAAACUGUCAUGGUAGAUUGUUCGGGAACUUAUCGUUAUCUAUUCUCUUAUUCUGCCGGUCAGUUUAGAUGUGUAUUCGCUUUCAAGUCACGUUUGAUACAUCCAAUAGAUCCUGAAAAAAUAAAAUUCCUCACCACUGACACCAGUGGAGAUUAUGUUGAGCUUGACAAUAGUAAAUAUGAUAUCGAAGAACCAGAUACUGAAUAUAAAUUUAAGUUCAAUGAUGUUAUCUGUAAGAAAAUAAUGUUAGGUGACACCGAGGUUUGGAAAGAUACCGACGAUCCUAAGUUUUCAACAAUCAGGAAAUUUCGACUUGGCCUUAUAUCCAACAGCUUCUAUGUCCUUAAUUAUAAAAAUGAAUCGAAGAAUCUAGAAUUCAAACCAACUCAACCAAAGGGAGGUCAAGUAACCAAAGAAGAGGCUGAGCUUGAGACGCAAGAGACCAAACCAGUUGAAGCCAAGACUGCUCCAUUAGCAUCGUCCGUAUCACCUCCUAAGGGAACACCAGUGAGUGUAGACAUUGAGAAGACUCAGUCCACAGGUCAGUUUGACUACACUGACGAGAAUGGUGUCGUCACAUACAAACCCAAGUCUGACCAUGUAAUUAGUAAGGUAUCUCAAGGUACCACUGAUAUCUGGGAAUCCAAAGAUGAUGUCAAUGCUACUUUGGUCAGGACUAAGGUUUCCAAGGGAGUUAAAUUCCUAGUUGUUCUACUGACAAAUAAUAUGUUCACAUUAUUCCAUCAAGAAUCUGGUCAGUGGAAGGAUAUAACAUCUAAGAGACAUGAUAUUACUAAACUUAAGUUCCUUGGUGAGAAUGACGCUGAACUCUCCAAGACUGAUUAUACAGUUAGUAUUGUUGACAACUCAUAUGAAUUCAAGUUUAAUUCUGAUCCAAAGUGUACCUGUAUUAAGUAUAAUGAUACUGAGGUUUGGAAACAUAACAGUAUUCAACAUGGAGAUAAGUAUCCAACUUGUCUUCUUUUUAACAAUCUGAAUAGAAACUAUCUAGUUGUUGAGUCAUCUAGGAGUUAUCGUAACGUAUUUCAAUUCCAAAAUAGUCAGUUUAAAUUAUUAGGUGCCAAUGAAAAAUUGAACUAUGAUCAUAAUUCCACAGGUGUCUUUGAUCCUGAUAAACUGAAGUUCAUGACUACAGAUCCAGACUCCAGUCAACUUGUUGAGCUUGAUUAUACCAGAUAUAGUCUAGAACAUCCAUCAUUUAUAACAUAUAAAUUUAAAUCUGUCAAAUGUAAUGAGGUCGGCUAUGAAAAUCAGUUGGUGUGGAAAUAUGAUGAAAAUGAACAUUCAGAUGAUUUCCCAACCACAGUCUCAAUCAAUUUAAAGAAAAGUUAUGUCAUAGUAGAUUCAUCCCAUUUCUAUAGAUAUGUAUAUUCAUAUUAUGACAAGAAAUGGAAAGAGUUACCAUUCGGUUAUAAAACAUCAAGCAUUUUCUUUGAUAAAUUUAAAUUGUUUACCACUGAUCCCAAUGACCAAAAUAAACUUGUCGAGCUUGACACUUCCCAAUAUGAAAUAGAAGAUACCAAAAAUGUUCUUGCUAUUAAAUUUAACACUGAUGUAAAGUGUACAUGUAUUAUGUAUGACAAAAAAUAUGUAUGGAGAUAUAAACAUACAGAACAUGAAGAUAAAUAUCCAACUACCGCUGUAUUUAACAAAAAGAAAAGUAUCGUCCUUGUUGAUUCAGGUUAUCAUUACCGUUACUUAUAUAUAUACCAGAAUAAGGAGUGGAAACCACUACCUUAUGGUUAUACACUAAAGAUCAGUUCUUCUAAAACCCAAUUAUUCGACACUAAUAAGCUCCAAGUUUUCACUAUGGAUAAAAAUAAUACACUUGUUUCAAUCCCAACAAAUGAGUAUGAUAAGGAAGAUACACCUACUCUUGUUGGUUAUGUUUUUAGAUAUUCCAAAAAUUGUCACUGUGUAAAGUAUGACGACAAAGAUGUUUGGGAAUACAAACAAGAUGAACAUGGAGAUAACUAUCCAAGAAUUACUCUGAAUAAAAAGACAAAUAUUAUGUUGAUUGAAUCUGGACAUUAUUAUCGUUACAUGUUUCAAUUUGAAAACGAAGAAUGGAAACUCUUACCAUUCAGUUAUAGGUUUAAUCCCAAGACAGAAUCAUUUGAUCCAGAUAAAUUUAAACUGUUGACAUUAGACAGUGAUGAAAACCUUGUUGAGCUUGAACAAUCUAAAUAUGAUAGAGAAGACACCGAUAAUGUUGUCACUUUCAAGAUUCAAGAUGAUGUUAAGUGUACAUGUAUAAAGUAUGACGACAAAGAUGUAUGGAAAUACAACCGCGGUGAACAUGGAGAUAAAUAUCCAACAAAAAUUUCUCUGAAUAAAAACAAGAAAUUUCUUUUUGUUGAAUCUGGAUAUGACUACCGUUACCUAUAUCACUUCGAAAAUGGUCUGUGGAAAUUAUUACCCUUUGGAAACAAGUUAAAGACUACUCAAAGUUAUGCCUUUGAUUCGAGUAAACUUAAACUUUUAUCUACAUACCACAGCAAUAACCCUUUUGAACUCGACUCAUCAAAUUAUGAUAUGGUCCCAAAUGGAAAUAUACUUACAUACACUCUAAAUCCUGAUGUGAACUGCACUGAAGUCAAGUAUGAUAACAUUUCAGCAUGGAAUUAUGACAAUGAUGAACAUGAAAAUAACUACCCAACAACCAUCAUUUUUAACAGAAACAAUGGAUUUUUAAUUGUUGAGUCCAAGGGUCACUAUGAAUCAUACUAUUCAUACUAUGAUAAUAAGUGGCACUCAGUAUAUGGAUAUAAAGCUUCCAAGAUUACUAAAAAUAAGGAAUUCUAUAAAUUAAAGCUUUAUGAAACUAAUGAUGAUGGGUUGUUAGAGCCUAUCACUGGCUUCCAUGAGGAAGUUACUGGACCAGUCAUUACCUGUAAUAUAUACUACGGAGUUAAGUGCACUCAUGUUAAAUAUGACGAAAAGACUGCUUGGGCUUACGAUUAUGAAAAACAUAUGGAACACUUUCCCACUUCAGUUGUUUUUAAUAUUACCAAUGGUACUAUUAAGGUAGAAUGUGAAGACAAGUAUGUAUACUUUUCCACAUUUAUUAAUGACGAAUGGAAACCUUUCAGUGGUUUCAGAACUCAAAGAACUAAUGCUCGCUAUGAGGUCAAACUAUACCAAAAGUCCAAAUCUGGAAAUUAUGCAUUUAUUAAUCCAUCUAAAUACAAUGUGAACUGGGACGGAGAAAAUGACGUCUAUGAAUAUGACCUGAAUAACCUAAAUUGUGCUUUAAUCAAGCAUAAUGAUAAUACUGUAUGGAGUCAAACAUCAAAUGAACAUCCAAAGUCAAUUACCUACAAUAGUGAUCAGAGCAAGUUUGUCCUAAGGUUUGAUCACGAAUAUAUUUUCUGCUCAUUUGAAGACAAUGAGUGGAAGAAGAUGUCUCGUAGGUAUGGUACUCAAUCCGAAGAAUCUGAACAAAAAUCCACUACUCCUGAAGACUCCACCCAGCCUGAAACUGAAGAACCUACUGAAGAACCCACUCAACAAACUACUCAAUCUGAAGAACCUAAAGAAUCUACUCAAAUUACUACUCCAGAGAGUGAUCUACCAGCUCAACAAACAUUGUCCUUCUCACCUCCUAAGGAAACACCUUCAACUGUUACCAAACCUGAACCUACCAAAGUCUCUCUGAAUAUAGAGAAGAAAGAGAUUACAUAUCAGUAUGACUACUUUAAAAAUGAUGAUAUUCAUACAUACACACCUAAGGAUAACCAUGUAUUCAGUAAGGUAUCUCAUGGUACCACCGAUAUUUGGGAGUCUACGGAUGAUCUCUAUGGUACGGAAGUAAUGUUUAUUGAUGGGAUUGAGAAAUAUAUGGCAAUACUACUGACUAAUAAUAUGUUCAUACUAUACAAAGAGGCUGAUAAAGAUCUCACUGCUGAGAGCUUAGAUGUUAAGAAACUUAAAUUCAUUGGUGAGAAUGAUAAUGUAAUCACCAAUUCAGACUAUACAGUUACCAUUGAAGAUUACGCCUAUGGAUUCAAUUUCAAUGAUUCUGUCAACUGCAGAAAGGUUACAUAUGAUAAUGCUGAGGUUUGGAAACAUACUGAUGAUACUAACUUCUCUGAAAUAAAGUCACUCCAACUGGAUCUUCUUAAGAACAGAUUCUUUGUCACAAACUCUUCUGAUAAGACAAAACAGGUUGGUGUCAAGGUUGCUCUUGAUAUCAAGCAAAGUGAGGAUACUACUCAGUAUAACUUUAAGCACUCCACCCGUGCUUCAUAUACUACAUUAACACCCAAGUCUGGACACGUAUUCAACAAGGUAUCUCAUGGUCCUAAUCUUGUUUGGGAAUCUAAGAAUGAUAUCUAUGGUACCUUAGUAAGGACUAAGCUUAAAGGGAAUAAUAUUUAUCUAGCCAUAUUACUUACCAAUAACAUGUUCACGAUAUUCCAUCAGGAAAUAGAUAGUACUAAAUACUGGGAAAUCCUGCUUGAUGAUAAUACAUUCAGACUAUUCAAAGAGUGUGGUGGUACUUGGCAAGAUCUAACUGCUGAUAGAGCCGAUAUUACUAAACUUAAGUUCUUUGGUGAAGGCGAUGUUGAGCUCUCCAAGUCUGACUAUACAGUAAGUAUUGUUGUCCUAUCUUAUGAAUUCAAGUUCAAAGAAGGAGUCACCUGUAAGAAAAUAACAUAUUCAGAUCUUGAUGUUUGGAAAGACAGUGAUUAUACUGAUUUUGCAGAUAUAAAGUCAUUUCGGCUUGGUCUUGCCACUAACAAGUUCUUCGUUAAGAAUCAGUCUGAUGAAACUAAGGACUUGGGUACUAAACCGACUCAAGCAAAGGCUACUCCCGAAACAUCUGGUGAAUCUUAA